CAUGAAAGCUUAAUGACACGCAUCUUUCACGACAAAAAUAAAUUGUACUUUUGCGGUGAUUGUUCACUUUCACUUUGCUCAUUCAUUGUGGCUAAGUCGUGCAAACAUACUGGGCAGAGAUAAGUAUCGAAACAGGACAAAAAUUAUUUACCUUACAGCGCUUUGAUUGUUUUUAUAUUUUUUUCACUCCUUGCUGAACGGUGUAAAAUACGAAGACAAUACAUGGAUGCAAAUAUUGGAUCGUACCGGAUGCGAACAACUUCGCAGGUUACCGGUUUGAUGGUUAUUCUGUUGGGAUCCAGCGUCUACCCACAGCCGCUUUUUGAGGAGGAUGUCUUCCGGGCGAACACUUCCGGUCCCCAGGUAGUGGAGAAUGUUUUGGACUUGAUUGGCUCCACGUGUCUCCUUGGAAACCGGAUUUUUCUGCGGCGCGCGGCGCGAGUGGAGUCGGACGACGGGCGGUCGGCGGACACGUAUAGGGACUCCUUUCGGGGCGGAAUUUGGAAUAUUGGCGAAUCUAACUUCAACCUUACAACAAACAACCUUCAGUUGAGCUACCAGUAUUCUGUCGUCAAAUCUCAUCUUAACGUUGAUUGGUCGGCGGUCACGUGGUCCGAUCUUCGUAAGCCAAUCAUAUCGGGCCUUGCUGCGACCCUGCUUAUCAAAGCCAAGAACAUGAAUAACAUCCCAGAAGACAUUACGGCACAGUCGCAAAUUUGGAGCAUCGUCAAUCCCGGAGUUCCCAUGUUCACUUUUUACUCUACCGAGAUCGGACAUAGAAUAGAGUGCGACGCAGACGCCAUGUUGGAUCUCGUCAUCAUUCUCGAUUUCCAGAAGUUGCCAACUCUUGACUUCGUUGACGUCAUCAACUUUCUGAAGGGGCUGCUGGACCGCUUCCGGUUAUCCAUGGACGGCACCCGGGUCGGCAUCGUGACGAAACGGUUGCACCCCACGGCCGCCUGGCUGCUUAACAGUCAAGCGUCUAUUGGAUACAGCGUUGUUAACGUAUUGACGGCUCUUCGCUUCCAAGCCGGACCGACGUUUACCGGAGACGCGCUGAAGUUCGCGCGAGAGACGAUGUUUAAAGCGAGCGCGGGCGCAAGAGCAGGCUCCAGCAAGGUGGCGCUCCUGCUUACUGACACCGUCACCGAGCCUGUGUAUGCACGAGAAGAGGCGAAACAUCUACGUGACGAAGGGAUCUCACUCAAGGUUGUGCAGCUAACCAACGCGUCGAGUGACCCGGAUGUUGAACUCCUAGUAGAGCGGCCCGCGUGUCUGAAUGCCCGCCAGGUGACGUCAUUUAAGGAAAUGCAGACGCUUGUGGACAGACUCACUUCCGAACUGUGCAGAGCGCCGGCCGUGUUGCUGCCCGGAAAUUACACCUACCCUUGUCAUCACACGUUGGUUGCUAGGUUACCGGACUCGUCGAACGGCAUUAGCGUCAAGGCAACAAUGGCGGGCGCUGGAGCGGAAGUGUUUGCAGCAACGCGUUAUCCCUUACCAGACGAGACUUCGCACGACAUCCGUCUGCAAGCAGGUCACGUGCUCUACAUCCGUGGUUCUGACCCCAUGUAUAUUAGGGUCAAAGGUCAGAGAAGCUCAUGCACUGGAGAUCUGACCAUAGAGAUUAAAGAAACAGACACGUUUAGAGGUCUCCCCGGGGUGUGUGCAAUAGCCGGAACUGUGCGGCCGUGCACGGACGCGGAGAUGACCCUAGCAACCAGUGACGUCAUCUUGGUCAGAGACACCGUCACACAGAAUCUCUGCGACAGUAGAAAUAGGUCAGUGGAAACCUAUCCACAUCCUGUUGAUAACCACAAGUUUCUCAUGUGCGAUCAAGCGGACAACCUAUAUGUCGGAAUAUGUCCAGUGGGCAUCACCAGCUGCGUUCACACCUCUUCCGGUUGCAAAUACAGCAACCCAUGCUCGCCGGAACUGCUCUUAUCUGGAGUGCGGAGUCAGAUGGAACCAUGCGGGAACCAGUCCAAUUACGUCACGUGUACCAGUCUUGGCGUAGCGGAAGUGACGUCAUGUCCGCCCGCGCAAGUCUGGAACCACGAUACCGCGCGCUGCGUGUUCAAAUACGUGCACGCGAUCACGGGCAUCGGAAGCAACGCGGACGAUCAGUCGGUUGUGAACCCGUGCAUCCACGCGCACGAGGACCACAUGUACUUCCCCUACCCCGGGGCGAGUAACAAGUACAUCUUCUGCGAUCAUUACGGUAACGCGUACGCGCAGACGUGCAGAUCCGGAGUGUGGAAUGAGCAGAUGAAAAUCUGUACCGACGUUAAUGCGAACGUUCUGGGUUAAAGCAGGACGCAAAUAAUAUAUAAAACUUUCAGUUAUCAAUCAUUUAAAGCAUGUAUGUUUUAAUCUAUGUCAAUGCUUCCACGAUAUUUGUUUUGCUUACCAAACGCAACUGAUUGCUUGAAAGAGUGUUAAACAAGUAAAUAAAACUUCGACUUUUCA